UUGCUUAGUUAAUGUGUCUUUCAGUUAUUGUCUCUGUUCAUGCUUAUCUCUGCACAAAUAGUUGUUGCAACGGGCUAUUGGAACUUUAGAUGCGCACACUAUAUUAGGUUGUUUAAUGUUUAGCUUGGUGUUAUGUAGUACCUGUUUGUUCACUACAUUUGGAGUAUGGUUCUGGCUCACACUGUAUUUGUAAUUCUACUAUAAAUUUGCACUAUAAAUCUAUUGAAAUUAUACUGUUAAUCCACUGCAAUUACAUGUAAUUCUAUCGUAUUUUUACAUUGUAAUUCUAUUGUAAAUUGCACUGUAAAGCUACAAUAAAUUACAGUAUUGAUCUACUACAGUUACACCAUAUUUCUACUGUAUUGUUUACUUUGUAAUUCUGCUGUAAAUUACACUGUAAUUCAACUAUAAUGUAUUUUCACUGUUAUUUAACUGUAAAUCAAUUGUAAAUUACAAUGUGAUUCAAACUGUAAAACUGUGAUCUUCUACUGUAAUUGAACUGCAGAAUGUUACACUCUAAAUUACACUAUAAGUUCUUUUACUCCUUUUCAACUCUUCCUUUUUGUGUGUCAUGUAAUCUGCUUAUAGGAUUAGUUUAAUGGGUACACUACGGAAGGUUCUCACCAGGACGUUCAUGUAGUAUCAACUUUUGAAACUCCAGAUUCUUUCGAUGAACCUUUUGUGCCCAACAACUUUGUGGUUUAUGAUUCAUAUGAGUUGUCGUCGGAACUAUUUGUAGAUGAUGGCAACUUUUAGAAAGCACUACUGAAGUUCUAUAUGAAUCAUUUGCCUGCUAUUUGUUUACUUGUAGUCCUUGCAUUUUUUUAUUUUUCUUUAUUUAUAUGCCUUUUCCACCUUCCUUUGGUUUACAGUCCUCUUCAUUCAUUUGUUAUUUUUUUCAGAAAGUAAAAUGUUUGAAAUGAAAGCUUUCAUGUUCCGGCACAAAGAAUGUGGAGCCUACGACCCCCUUGAUCCAACGGGCAACAUCACAAUCAGAUGGGAUGUGAGGAGCUGGGUUCCAGACGGCUAUGUGGCUGAGGUUUCACUAUUCAACUAUCAGCAGUACCGCCACAUUCAGCCACCGAGAUGGAAGCUCGGGUGGGUGUGGUCAAAGAAGGAGGUAAUCUGGUAUGUGCAAGGUGGACAGGCUACAGAGCAAGGUGAUUGCUCCAAAUUCAAAGAGAUUAUCCCUCACAGCUGCAAGGUGAACCCGGAAAUAGUCGACCUGCUUCCCGGGGCACCUUCCAAUAGGCAGAGGGCCAACUGCUGCAAAGGAGGAGUCCUCAGCUCACUGGCACAGGACCCUGCUAAUGCUGUGGCCUCCUUUGAGGUUGCAGUUGGUCGAUCAGGGACCACAACCAAGACCUUGGAAUUGCCUGUGAAUUUCACUCUGAAGGCCCCUGGUCCAGGGUAUACCUGUGGACCUGCAACCAAGUUAGAUGAACCUACAAAGUUCACUACACCAGAUGGAAGGAGGAAAACUCAAGCCCACAUGACAUGGACUGUGACUUGUACGUACUCACCGUUUCGUGCUCUGAGAUCUACAUGCUGUUUAUCUCUGUCAGCAUUUUACAGCGACGUGGCUGUUACCUGCCCCAAAUGCUCAUGUGGCUGCCAAGAUAACAUUACAAAACCAGGAAUCUGUGUAGAGGGAAACUCACUUUAUCUUGGUUCUGUCAUGAAUGGUCAAGACAAGAACGGCUUGGCACCUCUGGUCCAAUGCACUACUCAUAUGUGCCCAAUAAGAGUUCAUUGGCAUGUGAAGGCUAACUACAAGGAGUACUGGAUAGCCAAGAUCACAGUGACAAACUUCAACUACCGGAUGAAUUACUCGCAGUGGAACCUAGUAGCUCAGCACCCUAAUUUCAACAGCUUGACUAGCAUUACCAGCUUCAACUACACAGCUCUGAACCCUUAUGGACUUAUAAAUGACACCGCUCUGUUAUGGGGCAUCAGGCACUACAAUGAUUAUCUCUUGACUGCUGGACCUGAUGGAUAUGUUCAAUCUGAGCUACUAUUCCGGAAGGACCCGUCAACUUUCACCUUGCGGGCAGGAUGGGCCUUUCCAAGAAGAGUGUACUUCAAUGGCGACAAGUGUGUGAUGCCACCUCCAGAUGCGUACCCGUGGCUGCCAAACACAUCCACAAAAUCAACCGUAUCAGUUAUCGUCCCAUUGGUUCUUUGGAUAUUGCUAGCUAAUCCCUACUUCUGAGAAGAAUGAAGAGGAAAAAGCUCGGAAAAAUCCUUUGCUAUGGAGCCAAGUUGCUGCUGGUAGUGGCGUCUGAUUCAACAGGAAUAGAGGCUGGGCAUCGUUGACAAAGACUGGAAUGAAAAGAAGAAGCAAUGAGUUGAAGUGGUGAAAACAAGAAGGUGCUGUGAACUAUCAGGAUGUUGUUGCAUGCUCUGGUUUUUGGUUUCUUAGGUGCUAUCCUUGUUCCUGGUAUGCUUUGUUAGAGAUGUACGCUGCUUCAGUUUCUUUUACUGUAGUUUUGUGUACUUCCCAAGUUCCCAGAGUAGAGGACCUGUCAGUAGGCGCUUGGUAGAAAAAAGACCUCUGUCACUUUUGCUGUGUUAUCAGCUUCUUAAUUGAAGUUGGGGACGUUGCCCCUUAAGUCGAAAAAAAAGGAUUACUUUAUUCAAUUUCCUCAA